GUCGCCGGCGCCUCGUGCGCCGCUGGCCAGCGCAUCUCCGUUCAGUGCGAGAUGAGAUCUCGUGGCUGAUGGACGUGCCCGUUUCCCACGCUCGCAGUGCAGCCUCAGCACCAGAAAAGACACUUGUGGCACUCACUCGCCAUCAGUUACCGUUUUAGCACUAGUUUAGUUUGGUUUAAGGCCUAAGCAACAAAAUCACUCUCGACAAUUCCAACCAAUGUGCGUCUAAAUACCGUGUUUAUAUUGCAACAACGUUCAAGCAGCAAGCUACGGGCAACUUCAUCAAAAAAUAUGUGAAAACUUAAUAUUUUAAGGGUGAAUCUCCAACAACGCAAAACCUCACCCGCUACAACAACCACCUGCGACCAACAACUGGAAAUUUGCAAUAGACUUUUUGAGCAGGCCAGACACAAAUUCCACCCCAUCCGCCCCCCAAAAACCAUAACUCCACAAAAAGGUUCCUGGAAGAAAGCGAAGGAAGUCGUAUAUAAAAAAAUAUUCAGCAACCAGCGGCUAGCGACGCAAUGCAAUCAUCGACCGAUGCGGGCAAUGGUGGACCAAGAAAACACACGCAGAGCACAGCGCCCCAGAAGCAGUCGGAGAUUAGCGAGACCACCUCCUUCACCAUAAACGCCACCAACAACCAGCAGCAGCAGCAGCAGCAGCAACAGCAACAGAAUCCCGCAGCCAGUAGCAAUACACCCAGCAAGAAUCCCUUCAAGCAGCAGUUGGAGAGCAAUCAGCAGAAUGGCAACAUGGAGCCGGAUUGUGGGAUUCUGGGCGUCGGCAAGGAGCCGCCCGUGCCGCCACCGCCCACCUACCAGUCGCAGGCACACGGAGGAGGACGAACGGCUCCGCCGCCAGCGGAUCAGUACCGCGAGGAGGAUCCACGCGCUGCCGGGUCCUGGUCCGCCGCCAAGUCCUGGAUGGUCAGCUGGCGGGGAUCCAAUCGCCUGGUGCUCGUCAUCGUGGCCAUAGCCCUGCUGCUCGACAACAUGCUGCUGACCACAGUGGUGCCCAUCAUACCCGAGUUCCUGUACGACAUACGACAUCCGGAUGCUCCGCUCGACAGCUUUCCCCGCACCCCGCUCACCUCCAAUGUUCCGCCGCUUCCGACGCCGUGUCCUUGCAACAAGGAUGGCAGCGAGGCGGCUCCGCUCGAGAUCUCCACGCUGAGUCCGGAGGAAAACGAGACCUACUACCGGGAACUGGAGGAGCGGCACAACGAACUCGUGGGCGAAACGGUCGAGGUGGGACUCCUCUUCGCCUCCAAGGCCUUCGUCCAGCUGCUGGUCAACCCGAUUGUAGGACCCCUGACUCAUCGCAUUGGCUAUAGCAUUCCCAUGUUUGCCGGCUUCGUGAUAAUGUUUCUGUCGACCAUCAUUUUCGCUUUCGGACGCUCCUAUUUGGUGUUAUUUGUGGCGAGGGCUCUGCAGGGCAUUGGAUCCUCCUGCUCCUCGGUUUCCGGAAUGGGAAUGCUGGCGGAUCGGUUUACGGACGACAAGGAGCGUGGAAACGCCAUGGGAAUAGCACUGGGUGGAUUGGCUUUGGGAGUGCUGAUAGGUCCUCCAUUUGGCGGGGUGAUGUACGAGUUCGUGGGCAAGUCGGCUCCCUUCCUCAUCCUGGCUGCUCUGGCUUUGGGUGAUGGCCUGCUCCAGCUGUUCAUGCUGCAACCGUCGAUCCAGAAAGCGGAAACGGAACCACCUUCGCUGAAGAGCCUGAUCAGCGAUCCCUACAUCCUGAUCGCUGCUGGUGCCAUCACCUUCGCCAAUAUGGGCAUCGCCAUGUUGGAGCCGUCGCUUCCUCUCUGGAUGGUGGACAACAUGGGCGCCACCCGCUGGGAGCAGGGCGUGGCCUUCCUGCCCGCCUCCAUUAGCUAUCUGAUUGGCACCAAUCUCUUCGGACCGCUGGGACACAAAAUUGGACGAUGGUUUGCCGCCUGCUUGGGAUUGAUUAUCAUCGGAGGAUGUUUGAUAUUUAUACCCAUGGCCACCUCGAUCACCCACCUGAUUAUCCCGAACGCUGGACUUGGCUUCGCCAUUGGCAUGGUGGACUCCUCGAUGAUGCCGGAACUGGGUUACCUGGUGGACAUCCGGCACUCGGCGGUUUACGGCAGUGUUUACGCCUUGGGCGAUGUGGCAUUCUGCGUGGGCUUUGCCGUGGGUCCCGCUCUAUCGGGAUCUCUGGUGAAGAGCAUCGGAUUCGAGUGGAUGCUGUUCGGGAUCGCCAUCCUCUGCUUUAUGUACGCUCCACUGCUGACGCUGCUCAAGAAUCCGCCGACGAGUGACGAGAAGAAGUCCUUGAUCUAUGGACGCGAUCGGGCUCAGGUACGUUACGUCACCUACCAAAACUACGACGAAGAUGAAUAAGCUAACGAUUUAACUCCAACGCAAUGUUGCUAAAGUGCAACCAAAAAUCCAAAAAAAAAAAGAUAUGGGUAAUAAAAUCUAAAAAAAAAGAAGAGAUUGAAGCAGAAGAAAGUUACCGUAACCACAACCAACAAUAUCAGUAAUAUCAUAUGAAUUUCCAAAUGAAAUCGUUAUACUUGUUCAAUGUUUUACCCAAGUUGCACUAUAGUGUUUAUAUAUAUUCCAUUGAUCAUAUCAAGAAGUCACCUCUCCCCCAAAAGAAUUGCACACGUUAAAGUCAAGCACAUAAAUAUCAGAAGAAAUUACUACAAAUGAAACAGAAAGUUGAGUGAAAAUAGAUCUCUAAAAGUAGAGCUAAUUGUUCGAUGAGACGGGUAAGUGAAUAUUUUGUGUAGGAAUGAAAAAAGCGAGCAACCAUAGAACCCUACUACAUAUUGGAGGCAAUUUAGUGGCCAAAGGUUUGGAAACUAUCACUAUUUUUUGAAAGUCGCAUCAAAAACACCUGAAGCGAUGAAAACAAAGAGCUGAAGAAGCUUGUAAGAGUCUUUCCCAGGAAAACUCUACUCCCAGCAAGGAAGGUUUAAGUGCUGAUCAAAUAAGCAGACGCCCGCAAUUGCAUUGAUUUAAUGGGGGAAUUUUAAGGAGAGAGUUAUACUUUAU